AUGUCUUCACUUCACUUGUUUUUUACUGGCCUUUUGGUAUACAUUGCUAACAUGCCUAUCCCAAUUCUUGCCCCACCCCCUGCCCCUCUGAAUAUAGUACCAUCACGGGCACGACGCCAAUUAGCUGCUCGAUUAGCUCUUCAUAAACAGCAGGCCGAUGCGGCUGCUCAGAACGCCGGUGACUCGUCGAGCACGGCCGACGUGCAUGCCAAUGACGAGCAAUGGCAAUCAAAUCCAUUCAUCAUCGCCGGCUUAGAAGACGAUCCUGCCGCCUCUCCUGGUGCUCCUUCGGCUGAAUUCUCUGCCAUGGGACAAGACGAUAACAACCCACCUUCGCCGACCUUCCAUACAGGUUUCACACCACCAGGAUCACCCUCGACAAACUCUUCGGAUGAAGCAGCUGGCGAGGUCAACGAGACAGUGCGACGUAAAGUGCGAGUUCCAUUAGAGGUAGAUGAUGACGACGAUGAAUACGGCGACUUUCGUUCAGCUGGGAUGCGAGACUCGGACGAAGAGGAGGAAGCUAUCAUCAACGAAUCACUCGGCUAUUCGAAUUUCUUUGAACCCAGUCGGUAUGGCGGUUUCAAUCGUUCGUACAGUAGGGAUGCAUUUGACGAUAACGACGGCAAUGACAGCAGCGAUGGCGAAGAUGGCCUCGUUGAGAUACUAGUCCCAGGGCGAAAAUCGUCUUCAUCAAACUAG